AUGAUGUUGAUUAAUUUUUUCGUAUAUUUAAUAUUUCAACAAAUUAAUAUUGUUCAAUUACUUCAUUUUCAAAAUUCGUCAACAUUUGUUAUUUAUCCUUCUUUACAAUUAUGUGAUAAUGGCUCAUUUUCAUUUGAAUUUCGAACAACAAAUAGAGAUGGUCUAUUAUUUUAUACCGAUAAUAGUAACGUGAAUGGUGAUUACAUUUCAGUUGAAAUUACUAAUGGAAAAUUGUUAAUUGAACAACAAUUAAUGAAUUAUCAUCCAUCUCAGAUUUAUAUUGGAACAAAUUUAAAUAAUGAUAAAUGGUAUAAAAUUGUUUAUAAACGAAAAAACAUUGAAAUUGAAAUUUUAUUAUAUUCGGUUGCAUUGAGAAAUAUGGAAAGUCAAACAUUAAUGAUUAAUGAAAAUUUAUUAUUUGGAAAUGAAACAAUAAAUUCAGAUGUUUAUCUUGGUGGUUAUCCUGAAUUACUUCGAUCAUUUAAUCAUAAAUCAAUUAUUCCAUUUAAUGGUUACAUUCGUAAUUUAAGAUAUGGUAUUUGUGGAUGUUCAGAAAGUGUUCAACGUCCUUUAUAUUCAACAACAACAGAUUCAGAAUAUUGUGAAAUAUAUUCAAAUGUUUGUGGUAAACAUUGUGAAUGCUUAAGUGUAGAUGAAGAACCACGUUAUCAAUGUGAUUGUAGUAACAAAACAUGCGGAUCAAGUAAAACUAUUCAAUUUAAAGUUGAUUUUUCAUCAGCAGAAUUUGUGUCGAAAAAUGCAGCAUCUUCAUUUUAUUACACAACAGAAUCAGGUUUUCCAAAUUCCUUACAUGUGGCUAAACAAGGAAUUAUUUCAAAUGAAGAUGGUAUUCAUAUUGAAUCGGAAAAUGGAUUAAUUACAUUUUCACCAGUGUAUUCUCAACAAUUGUUAAACUGUACAUGGGAUCUGAAUCAAUGUCCAAAAGAAAUAUUUCUUACAUGGGUUCUUUCGAUUGACAAUGAUGUUAUUAUUGAUUUAUAUCCAUCAACAAAAACAAUAUUUGCUCAAAAAUUUAGCAAUGACUUAUCGAUAAUUGUCACAUUGAUAAAUAAUACAAUUCUAAGAUUUGAUAUUUGGAUUAGUGCUAAUAAAGUAUUACGAGUCGAAUUAAAAUCAUUUACAUUUAAUGAAAAAUUAUUAAUUAAACUCGUUUAUAGACUAAACGAAUCAUUAUCGUUAUUUUUAUUUGGACGAUUAAUUGAGUAUACGAAUACAGUUAUUAAUGAAGAACAUAGACAAAUUUGGACUGGAUUUUUAUCAUUUAAUUUUGGACGAUAUAGUUCAUUACCAAGUGCAAAAUUUCGUGUAUGGUCAUUAACAUGGCUUUAUGAUCAGACAAAAUAUAAUUUUGAACUAGGUAAAAAUUCUUCAUCUGAUUUAUUAAAUAUGUUAAACAAUAAUGUGGAUAUAAAAAUAAUUGUUGCCGGUUUAUUUGAUAUAAAUAUUAUAAUACCUGAUAUAAAACUCUAUGGUUCAGCAUCAAUCAAGCAAGAUGAAGAAACAUCUGCUUCACAAUUUUUACAUUUGGAUGGUUUAAAUGCAUCAGCUGAAUUUUUAAUUGAUAAUCGUCUACAAACAACUGUAAAAUUGAAUCAUACAAUUGUUUUUAAUAUUGUAUUUCGUCUUGGUUCUAAAUCAAAUCAUUUGAUUAAUAGUUAUUUUUUAUUACAUGGUAAUGGUCUUGAACUAUAUUAUGAAUUAUUAACAUUGACUUUGACAAUACGAUUUGUUGUGGCCAGUGAUAAUCAGACUUACGAAUGUGUACUAUCAAAUAUUACCACCACUCAUCAAUGGUAUACAUUAUUAAUUGAAUUUAAUAAUCAACGUGGUCUAAUUGUUUAUCUAAAUGAUAUUUUAAUUGAACAAAAUAAUCCAAGUGUUAAUAUACAAUCGAUCUAUGAAAUAAUCAAUAAUAACGAGAAAGAGAGUUCAAAUAUUAUUAUAGCCAAGUCUAAAUAUGAUAAUAUGUAUGAAAAUAAUGCAAAAAUUGAUAUCAAAAGUUUAGUUAUUCUAGAUAUUAAUGGUCAAGUAGAUUUGUCAGCAAUUAAAUUGAAUUUAUCGAAAUUAGUUCGAUCUUUUAUGAGUUCUGCUGGUGAUUUAUCUAAAAGUAUACCAAAAACCGUUAGUGAAUAUCCUACACCCAAACAUUUGCGGAUUAAAUAUUUAACAGAUGAAGAAGAGUAUGCACCAUCUGAAACUCUAUCGUUUGCUGUUCGAACAAAUCAGCAAGGGAAAAUGACUGUCUUAUCUGGUUAUUCAUUUGAAAAUAAUGUCAACUAUUAUUGUGAACUAGACAAUGGACAGCCAAAAGUAUUAUUCACACGCGAAAAUUGGCCAGAUAUUAUAUUAACGAGUAGUCCUACUUUAAAACUACUUAAUGAUGAUAAGUGGCAUCGAAUCGGUAUUGAGAGAGUCGAUAAAAAAUUUCGAUUUGAAAUUGAUAAUGUUAUGCAAUCAGAAGUUCAAUUACCAGAUGCAUGGCAAAUCAAAUCAAAUAUAUUUAUUGGUGCUGAAUUGAUACCCUCUCCUAAUGAAGAUUUUGAAGGAAAAAUUGGAGAUAUGGUUGUGGCCAAUAUGGGACGUUCAUUAAGUUUUCAAGAAGAAGCUGCUGAUCUUGAUGAUGAUUCUUCAACUCAACCAUUAUCAAUUUCAACCACCACUAUAAAAGAUGAUAAAAUAUUUGUUCUUGUUGAUAUGGAUCCAGAAAUGACUAUCUCAUUUUCUCCCAGUGAUGAUGAUGCAAUUUUUAUACCAGGAAUACAAACGAAUUUUAAUUCAUUUUCAUUAACAUUUCAAACAUAUAUUAAUUCAACAAUUUUAGCUAGUUUAAUAAAUGAUAUUUAUUUUAUCGGCUUAGAAAUUGAUAUCGAUGGAAUUUUAAAUUUAAUUGUACGUGAUCAUAUUAAUUCGAGUAGUCGUUUACGAAUGACAAGAGUAAAUGAUGGCAGAGAAUAUACGAUCGAGUUAAGAAAUAAUCAUCGAAAACAAUCGAAUAUUAUUGAAGCUUGGCUUAAUGAACGUUCACCACAAAAGAGUAUAAUUGAAGUGAAUAAUCCAUUCUAUGUAAAAGAUAUUAUUUUAGGUAGUCGAUUAGGUAAUUUUCCGUUUACAGCACGUAAUAAAUUUAUCGGUUGUAUACGAAAUCCAAAAUUAAAUUUGGUUAAAGUUAAUAUACCAACAAUAGCAAAAUCACGUCGUGAUUGUGUAAAUGUAAUGGCAAGUAUAACAACAAAACAACAACAACAUCAUGUCAUUGAUGAUUAUUAUAUUCGUGAAUCGAUAUCAUUUCGUGAACAAGAUCGACCAAUAUCAUUUUUAUUUUCGGAUAAUGAUCAACGUGAAUUUAAACUGUUAUCAUUGACAUUUGUAACGUUUGAAUCAAAUGGGAUUUUAUUUUCUUUAGCCGAUAAAUCGUACGAUAAUUUUUUUACUUUAAGUAUACGCAAUGGAAUAUUAUACGCAACUUGUGAUGAUCAUACUCGAAAACGUUAUACAUUUUCAUUAAAUCGAACGGUAAACGAUGGUAUUGAACAUCAAAUAAUAAUUAAAAAUACCCAGGAAAAAGAUUAUAUUGAAUUAGAUAAAGUCAAGUAUUUUUUACCCUUCAAUCUAAUUGUACCAUUUUAUGUGAAUUCAAUUUAUUUUGGACAAAUCGAUGGAUUUGCCAGACAACGUUAUGAGUUAGAGGGAGAAAACUUUGUGGGUUGUUUGAAAGAUGUGUUAUUCAAUGAAAAACCGUUGAUAAGGCGUGAUCAAAUUAAUGAUCUAUCCAGAUUAUCAACAUUAUGUAGAUUAACAUAUCGUCCAAGAAAAAAUGUUAUCUCUUAUGUUUCACCAGAUGUUAGUUUUUCCAUGAGAGAUCGACGUGAUGUUAUUGAAUUAAAUGUUAAAGGCAACGAUGAAUUUUACUAUUGUCAAUUACCAAUCAAAACAACAGUCAAAAAUGCUGUAAUUAGUUCACUUUAUUCAAAUGAAGAUAAUCGUGGUAUUGUCGUCUAUGUUAAAGAUGGAAAAGUUCAGUUAAAAUAUUAUCCACCGAAUGGAAAAGCAAAACUGCUUUAUUCCGAUAAUUCGACGGUGAGUGAUGGAGCACAACAUCGUGUCAUUGUAACACGAAAUGCAGCUAGUCCCACAAUAACCAUGAAAUCGAAUAAUAAUAUCGAUCCGGCUCACGAAAAUAUGUAUAUACAAAUUGAUAAACGUUCAGCAGUGGUUCCAUUACCUGAACGAUCACCAUUAUUUUUUGAUGUUGUCACACUUGGCGGCCCAUAUCGGCUUAUAUAUGAUCCGGAUUAUGCUAAUGUUGGCACAUAUACGGGCUGUUUUGCUAAUAUCACCUACAAUCGACAUCCAUUAUUACCGGAAGGUGUUCUGAAACCUGAUCGUUAUGAUUGUUUUUAUCAAUCGGGCAUGCUAUGUGAUCGUCAAAGGCCGUGUAACCUUCAGCCACUUCCAGUUGUGCCGACGUCCAUCGCACAAGCGCCAUUACUACCCCUUGCUCAGUUUUGUGGUCAGACGGAUUGUAGUAUGGUUUGUACACCAAAGCCAGUUGAUAUUGGUAGCACCGGUUUAGUUCGAUACAGUGUACAAAUUGGUCCAGCUCAACAAGAACAAAUCAGUUUUACAAUCUAUACAAAUUCACCAAAUUCAACAUUGUAUGUAUCAAGGGAUGGUACUACACAAGUAUCGAUUACAAUUGUGAAUUAUCAUCCAAAGUUUUUGAUACAACAUGGAAAUUCUAUUAAUACUUAUGAUUUUCCUGGCAAACUAACAAAUGCACAAUGGCAUGUUCUUAAAUGUCAAAGAGAAAGAAAUUCGUUGAAUCUAACCCUUGAUUAUCAAAGUAAAUAUUACGGUAAUAUUGCAACCUAUUUCAGUUUGUUUGGUGACAAAAAGAUUCACAUUUGCGGAGCCAAUUAUUAUGGCUAUGUUCAAGACAUCAUGCUCACAGCUGAUAAUCGGCGUGAAAAUGUAAUUCAAAAUUGUAUUCGAAAUCCGUCAUUAAUUGAAGUUGAUUCCGGUGUCGCUUGGAAUGUACAUGCACCGAUUGAAGCUCCAUGUGCAACGGUAAAUUGUCAAAAUGGGGGAUAUUGUAUUCCUGCUCCAACCGGUCCAUUUUGUAAUUGUCCAACUUUUUAUACUGGGUUACGUUGUGAAUCAUCAGUUUCUGUUGAUCCGUGUACAUCAUAUCCAUGUGGUCAAGGAUCCUGUCGUAAAGAUCGAAAUCAACAACCCUAUUGUGAAUGUUAUUCGGGAUAUACUGGUAGUCGAUGUGAAACACGUGAAGAUCCAUGUGCUCGUUUAACUUGUAAUAAUGGCCGAUGUGAAGCAGAUCGUAACACCGCCUAUUGUCGUUGCUAUACCGGAUGGACUGGUCAUGAAUGUGCAACACCUGCUGAUAUUUGUUCACAAACAAAUUGUAAUUAUGGUACAUGUAUAAAUGAACCAGACGGUCAAUAUCGAUGUGAAUGUUUGUCUGGUUAUGAAGGUCGAAAUUGUGAACGUCAAGUUGAUCCAUGCUUAAGUUAUGCAUGUUACAAUGAGGGUGUAUGUAUCGUGCAGAAUGGUCAACCAUUAUGUCGUUGUACAUAUGGUUAUACGGGUCACGAUUGUUCUCAGACACAGGAUGUUGAUCCAUGCUUAAGUUAUGCAUGUUACAAUGAGGGUGUAUGUAUCGUGCAGAAUGGUCAACCAUUAUGUCGUUGUACAUAUGGUUAUACGGGUCACGAUUGUUCUCAGACACAGGAUGUUGAUCCAUGCUUGAGAUACGACUGUUACGGUGGUACAUGUCAAAAUGAUGGUGGAACAGCCAGAUGUAUUUGUCCAACGGGACGAGUUGGAAGUAGAUGUGAAGUUGAUGUUUGCCAAGCAUAUCCUUGUCAAAAUGGUGGACGUUGUAUUGCCGAGGGUAGUAGUCGUCGCUGCGAGUGUUAUCCACCAUAUCACGGAGAAGAUUGUCGCGAAACACCGCCUACUGAUCCUUGCCUUGGAAUGAAUUGUAAUCACGGAACAUGUCGGGGUGGCUAUUGUGAGUGCCAACGAGAGUAUAGUGGAACUUAUUGUGAUAUUCCAGUCGAUGUAUGUGCCGGUAUAAAUUGUGGAUAUUAUGGUGAUUGUCAUGAGGGAAGAUGUAUUUGCCGAGAUGGAUAUAGUGGACUGUAUUGUGAUAUUUCACCUCCAACCGUAACAACCACAGAAACACCAGGUACUAUAGGUGUCCCUCUCAGAACAGGCAUACCUGUUCCAAGUCCACCAGCGCUAAGGAGUAAAAAUGGACAAUUAAUUGAUUAUGGUCGGAUUGGCGGAGCUCGAGAAAAACAUAUUGGUUUUAUAUUGGCCAUUGCAUCCGCAUUUAUGCUGUUGCCCUUGGCAGCCAUACUAGCAGCACGUAAAUGUGCAGAUGGUAUGUGUUUUCCAGGUGGCCCAGCAGCAACUCAAGGCUAUAUACCAGUUAAAAUAGGUACAUCUGCAGUGAGUCAAACAGAGGGUGGCCGCGGUACCCGUCAUUUACCAUUGACUGAUGAACGUCUUGCACAGGGUAAAGCAAAUAUCGAAGAAGCAGCUGGAGGAAGAACCGAAACAGAGCGAAUCGAACGUAUUCAUGAAGGUAUUCAUCCAGAUCAGUAUUCAAGCGGUGCAUUUGCCUAUCCGACAAUGUCAUCGUCAUCAAGAUUUGGAGAUGCUUUUCGUGAACAAGCUCAUCAGAAUGCAUCUUAUUCAGAGCGGAAAGAACGGAUUAUUGACAGCACUUAUGGUGCCGAGGGUCUUGUUUAUCAACCUCCACCGGUUGGUGAUUUUGGAUUUGGUGUUCCUUAUGGUGUGCGAGUUGCUGGAGGUAUGGAUGGAUAUCGCGUUAAUGAAACAUUAGAAUCAUGGGAAGGCACUGGUGGUUAUGCAAUGAAUUCGAUGUUCGGGGCUACUGGUGGUGAAAAUAUGACAACAGAUUAUGAGUUAAGUAACAUUAACACUGUCAGUAUGACUCCAAACGGAAAAUAUGCCAUUGUCGGACAAUCACAGGGACCACCGCAAAUUUGGGAUGCUGUGAAUGGUCAGUUAGUAUCGAGUUUACAAGGUUCAUGCAAUAACUGUACCAAAGUCGCAUUAGCUUGUAGCGGAACACUUUUGGUAGGCUUAGCCAGUGACGGCCUCGAUGCUCAACCGUGCGUGUUACAAAUAUGGGAUGUGAAUACUGGUAAACCCGUUCAAUUAACUCAUCAGAUAAAAUGUGCAACAUUUACGUUAAGUAACAACUCCAAUAGUUUAGUAAUGGCUGGUAAUCAAAAAUAUGGUCAUGGUAUUUCUGUUGGAAUAUUAGAUUUGAUUAAUUCUGAAUUAACAAAAGAAAUAAAAUCAGAUACCAAUCAGUCAUACGGGAAUACACCAAGUUUUAUAGCUUUAACACCUGAUGAACGAUUUGCAAUUGUUGGAUGUCAAGCAAACGGAAAUACAAACUAUGUUGUAUUUGAUUUAACAACAAAUCAAGAAUUAGUACAACCAUUAUCAAUUAGUCUAGAUUGUGAUCCAAAAUGUUCGAUAGUAUUAAGUAACGAUCAAGUGUUAACUGGUACAAGAAGCGGACAGUUAGUAUUAUGGGACAUUCCAUCAUGUAAUCGCACUGGUUCACUGACCGAGAAUGGACAACAAGCACAUAGAGAUCGUAUAACUGACGUAAAAUUAUCACCUGAUAAACAAUUUCUUGUUAGUGCUAGCGCUGAUGGUACAGCAAAAGUUUGGGAUGCAAAUACAAAAGAACUUAUAUCAAAAUUAACUGGACAUAAACGAGAGAUUACAUGUGCUUGUAUAUCAACAAAUCAACUUGUAGCCACUGGAUCUAAAGAUCAAACAAUAUGUUUGUGGCGUUUACAAACAGGACAAAAUGCUUCAACCAUGCCAAUAGGCAUGGUUCCUAUUGAUUUACACGUUGCUGCACAUAAUCGUACGAUAGUCGCUAUUGGAGAUAAUAAUGAAAGACAAUUACUUAUGUUGAGAAUUGUAGCUAUUCAACGAUAA